CCUUCUCCAAACCAUGCUCUCCUAGCAGCAGGUUCCCCUGCAGUCCCUGAUACACAAACUGCCCCAGCCAAGCCACACCGGAGCGGCCAGCACGGGGGGCGGAAGCUUCUGGGGCAUGAGGAUCUUCAUCGCCUUCGAAGGCUCCUGCGAGCCUUUUGACAUCUCCCAGCAUCACACCGUCAAGACUAUAAAGCAGAUGAUCAAGGAGUUCUUUCACGUCCAGCUGUCGGACGACAGACGGACCCGCCGCUACCUGGAGCUGAGCUACGCGGGAGCCUCCCUGCAGGACGGCUGGUCCCUGCCGGACAUCGGGAUCGCCCCCUGCAGCACCAUUCGCUGCCUGCUGAAGGAAGAGGACAAGCCCGUCCUGCACGUCUUCAGCCCGGUGACGGGGGAGACGCUGUCCCUGAUGGGGACGGUGUUCCUCCUGACCGCCUCCGGCUCCGAGCUGAGGUCCCUGGUGUCCCGCCGGAGCGGACUCCCGGUCGGGGCGUUUCGGCUGUCCACCCCGGGCGGCCUGGAGCUCUACGACUGCACCCGGCUGGACGAGUACGGCGUCGAAGUGGGGGCCACUCUUCGCCUGGACACCUGGGACGGGUGGACAGAGCUCCUGAGGGGGGCCCUUCUGGGCCACAAGCGCACUGUCCAGCGCUAUCUGUCCGAGGAGGAGCCUGUGAUGAGGUUCCAGCAGAGGGUGGCCCUGUACGUGGCGGCCUUUUUCGGGCACCUGGACCUGGCGAGCUGGCUGCUGCGCAAGGGGGUGCGGGCGGAGGAGCCGGUCGGGGUGCACCCUCACCGGAUGUGGUGCCGGGACACGGACCACCCCGAAACGGGCAAGUGCCCCGUCCACGCGGCCGUGGAGGCCGGCCAGCUGCACAUCCUGAAGUCGUUCGUGGGCAGCAGCGUGCUGAACCUGUCCUGCCGGGACCCGGCGGGCCUCACGCCACUGCGGAUGGCGCUCCGGGGCGGCCGCCGCGACUGCGUCCGCUACCUGGUCGCCAAGCUGUGGUCCGCCGUCUCCUUCCCGGGCCUGGCGCUCACCAUGGGCGUCUACAUCCAGGUCAAGCGCUGGGCCUGCAGGGCCCAGAGGAGGGCCUGCCGGUGGAGCCAGAGCCAGAGCCAGAGCCAGAGGCAGAGGGCGCCCUCCAGGGCCAGGGUCGGGGACACCGUCCUGGUCGACGGCUUCACCGUCCCGGAAAUGACCUCGAAGCCCUGGAGCAAGGCCGCCAGGGCCGGGGCCGGGGCGCGGCUCAGAGGUCGCCUCCUCCCUGCUCUGAUGGCGGUGCGCGACCCGAACCGCCGCUGCUCCCAGCCUCCCCCGGGUCCGGCUACCCAGAAUGCACCGGGCCGGCUGCCCCGUUUGCGUCCCGACGCGCCGGUUGGCCGCGGGCGCGAGGGGAGCGGCGCGGGGGACGGACCGGGGGAGGCGCGGGAAGUGCGUUCGGCUGAGGGCAGGGAUCAGAACAGGAACACCUGGCGGAGCAAGGUUCCGCUUCCCGCCGUCAGCCGAGACACCAACCCGCGGCCUCGGUUCAUCUACGCCUCGCCGAACUCCUCCCUCAUCCUCUCCUCCUCCCUCGACUCCUUCACCAAACACAGCGGCCGGACCACGCGAGAGAACGCCAUCUACUGUUUGGCCCUGGCAAGUGCCUUUACAGAGAAGCCCUGGCUUCAUCAACUGGGGAUGGCUCGGACCCUGGCCCAGAGAACCGUUCACAAGCUGCUGUAGCCCAGCCAGGCUGCUUGGAUCCUCUGUUCCAAAACCUCUCCAUCCCGCUCAGCUGUAACCAUGGUGACCCAGUCAACACAAACAUUUCCUAUCCACUGAAUGAGACUAUGAAGAUUCUCUUCAAACUUAGAUUUAAUUUGUUGACAUUGUGACAAAGGCUUAGAGUAAAAUGUGUUUUUUUUGUUGUAGGUAAUUUAAAUUGUUUAGCCAUUGGUCAGUAUGAGGUACAUAUAGAUAUGCUUCAAAUGUCCAGGCUCCAUUGCUGUACUGCAGUACACACAAAUUUGAAAUUUAACUUGUGUUUUCUUUACGUAUGCCUUCAUAUUUCUAUUUCAGUAAUUAUUUCUUUUUAUGUUUUAAGUGUGUGUAUGCAUUCAUUAUCUGCUUUAUGCAUUCAUUAUCUUUUUAAAAAAUGUAUGCAUGCUCUUAAAUUGGUGCAGUAUAAGGAACAUUACAUUACAUUACAUUACAGGCAUUUGGCAGACGCUCUUAUCCAGAGCGACGUACAACAAAGUGUAUAAACAAAACCAGGAACGAGUUUGUUGAAAACCCUAGAGGGAAGUACAGUUCCAAAUGCAAGGAACGAUUGUGUAGUUUAACUUAGACCCUGUAGGUUAAUCUGAUUAACACAACAAAAACAGUAACAAAGCAGUCUGUGCAAAUAAAACAAGCAAUAGCAAUAGAGUAGGCACAAGUGAAAUAGCUAAGUCAACUAAGAUAAACAGCUUACCUAGCCACAACCCUAAGAUUACAUAGUCAAUUAGGGACUACAGGGAGGUAGGGAGGGAUGGGGAGAGGUGUAGCCUGAAGAGUACAUUAACAGUCAAAUUAGGUCUAUCGCAUAUGCAUGAUACGCCUCCUUAAAACUAUGCUUUUAAAAACCUGCGACUGAAGGCGGACAAAGGAAACCUAUUGCCCCCAGUGCUUAGAAAACUGUUAUGCAUUUGGAACACUGUGAUGUGUUUAGAACACUAAUUGUUUGGAACGCCGUAAUGCGUUUGGAAUGCCUUAAUGUGUUUGGAACACUGUAAUGUGUCUGGAAUCUGCAGAAAUGUGUCUGUGUGUGGUCCUGCUAGUGUACAGUAAGCCUCCUCCCCACCCCACCCCACCCCACACUCUCUCCCGUUCCCUCAGUGACA